GAGUAUUUCCGGAUGUGAUCAUCGUUACACGUUUUUAUUGAAAAUGGAAGUUUUAUCCAUCGUGGGAUGUAUUAUACAGUGAACAUUUACUCUUUGCACCAGUCGUGAUUGUCAGUCAAAGUGGUAUUUGUAAGCAGCGGUAAUAGUCAUGGCGGAGGGCAGUGUGGAUUCUCCAGGGGAGCUGAUAGCAAAACAACAUCGCAAGGAAAAGAAAGAAUUACAAGCAAAAAUACAAAGCAUAAAAAAUGCCGUCCCUAAAAAUGACAAGAAACGGAGAAAACAGAUGACUGAAGAGAUUGCAAAGUUGGAAGCUGAUCUGAACCAGAAACAGGAAGAAGAGCUCAAGCAACUCAAGUCUCCUGACAUAAAAGUGGAACAGAUUACUAAUGAAGUUGAGACAUUGACAGUGGACAGUGAACAACAAGAAGAAUCCAAACAACAUCGCGUAACCAAGGCCCAGAAGAGACGGGACAAGAAGGCUGCCCAAGAGAAGGAGAGAGAAUGCAGAAUAGCAGAAGCCGAGGUAGAGAACCUUUUGGGAGAGAGGCACCAGGAAGGCUUGAAGCUUUCACAGAAACUGGCUCAGCAACAGUUACAGAUCAAAGAGAUUUCCUCUGAUGGUCACUGCAUGUACCGAGCCAUUGAAGAUCAACUGGCACAGAAAUCAUUGCCUGGGGGAGCCAUGAAUGUAAAGGAACUGCGAUGUCGUACUGCUGAACACAUGAGAAGCAACAUGGAUGACUUCUGGCCGUUCCUUACCAACCCCAACACUGGUGAUUUGUUCACAACAGAGGAAUUUGAAAAAUAUUGCAGUGAUGUGGAGCAUACAUCUGCUUGGGGAGGUCAGCUAGAGCUGCGGGCUCUGAGUCAUAUUCUUCAGUUACCAAUAGAAGUUGUCCAGGCAGAUUCUAAAACUAUAAAAAUUGGAGAAGAGUACAAUGGCGAACCUAUAACCCUUGUCUACAUGCGCCAUGCUUAUGGACUGGGCGAGCACUAUAAUUCUGUGGAGAAGCUUAAGGAACCUGUAGAGGACACCUGACAUGUGUAAUGUAACUGACCCAAUUUCUCCAGCAAAAGACGGCCACUGAAAAUCUAAUUGUGUCUGGAUUUUGGCCAGUUGGCACGUUGCAGAGAAGACACUGGUGCUGCUUCCAAACAGUGUUGUAAUUUGUUAGUGAAAGCCCAUAUUGUUGGAAAAACACAUUUCGCUAACAUCAUGAAGAAAUACCUCCUUCACAUUGACUCGGCUUUGCACCGAGACCCACAGUGCACUGAACUUUAAAUUACUUGUACAUCACUAUCUAAAACCAGACAUUAAUGAUGUGUCCAUGAUAAAAGUUGCUGUGUGAUAGUAAUUGUACUUAACUGCUUCACUGGAACCUGUAAUUGAUAAUCACAGUAACAUAAAAACUUACAAUACUG